CUGGAGGGCGGGAGGAUAGAGCGCGCGGGUGAGAGAGAAGAGCAUUGACUGAGAAGCAUAGAUUUUCAUCCAACCUAUAUCAUUUUUUUCUAAUCAUCGACUGCACUGCUUAACGUUGAUUGUCUAGCAGGAAAAUAUUUUUCUACGCAGUUGAGGAACCGUUUCAGUUGACGAUUAUUGGUCCUCUUUGCUGUAAUUUAAGUGUUCUUGGAACGAAUUUAUCAUAUUUCUAUUUAUACUUGAACUGCAUCAUGAACAGUUUGUGGGCACCUCUCGAUCUCACACCUUUGGAAUGGUGGGGAUUACGCAGCCGACAAAUGGGGAGCAUGUAAACGCAGAUGGAGUUUGGGAUUUAUUGCAAAAUAAGGGAAAGAUGACUGUCUUCUCUUUGUGUCUCCUCUUGUUCGCAGAUCUGCUGGAUUUAGCCGUUGGAUAUCUGACAGUAACCAUUGAGCCCCUUCCUCCUGUUGUUGUGGGAGAGACUGUGACCCUGAAGUGCAACUUCAAGACUGAUGGAAGACUUCGAGAGAUUGUGUGGUACAGGGUCACAGACGGGGGCACCAUUAAGCAGAAAAUUUUCACCUACGAUGCUAUGUUUAAUACCAAUUACUCGCACAUGGAGGACUAUCGCAAACGAGAAGACCUUGUGUACCAAUCUACGGUCCGGCUCCCGGAGGUUCGGAUCUCGGACAAUGGGCCUUAUGAGUGCCACGUGGGCAUCUACGACCGAGCAACGAGAGAAAAGGUGGUCUUGGCAUCGGGAAAUGUCUUUCUCACCGUUAUGUCUCCUCCAAACAACAUCUCAGUUACGGCAGAGAACUGUCCAGCUCCAUUCAGCCGGUACCAGGCCCAGAACUUCACUCUACUGUGCACUGCAAAGGGAGGCAAACCUGCCCCUUCGGUGUACUUUAAGCGAGAUGGAGAGUUGAUAGAGGUGAUUUCCUACAUCCACCCCUCAGCUGUUGCAGAGGACGGCGGUGGCUCAGCGGGGGUGCGGGGUGCCAGGCCGCUCAUCAGCAGGGACCUGGACGACACCAAGCUGCAGAGGUCCCUUUCCUUGUUGGAUCCAGAGGGGCGGCCAGGCCGCCUGUUCACUGAGAGCCCUGAGCGUGGUCGUAACACGGGCCAGCACACCCAGGGCCAGCAGCAGAAGCCCAGCCCUGCCACUGAGGUCAUUCCAGAGACUGUGGUGAGCCGGGAGUUCCCCCGUUGGGUGCAGAGCACUGACCCACUCUACUACUUCAGCCACACCCACAUCCCCCAGAGUGAUGGCUCUGUGCUGGUGCAGGCCAGACUCACCUGGACCCUUAACCCUCAGCUGGACAAUGAUGCCAUGUUCAGCUGUGAGGUCAAGCACCCAGCACUCUCCAUGCCCAUGCAGACAGAGGUCACACUGGCGGCUCCUAAGGGCCCCAAGCUUUUGAUGACCCCCACCAGGGCAAAGGUAGGGGACACGGUGCGCAUCACUGUGCAAGGAUUCCAGGUAGGCGCUGGGGUUCCUGGGAAUGAGGUGUUCCCUGAGCCCCUCUUCACCUGGACCCGGGUCGGGGGGCGUCUGCUGGACGGGAGUGCCGAGUGGGAUGGGAAGGAGCUGAUUUUGGAGAGAGUGCCAGCCGAACUCAACGGCUCCAUGUAUCGCUGCACGGCCCAGAAUCCCCUGGGCUCCACGGACACGCACACCCGCCUCAUCGUCUUUGAAAAUCCGGCCAUGAUGAAAAACACUCAGAAUCCGAACAAUGGAACCCCUCGCGUGGAUGUGCUUGGACCUAUAUGGAUGGUGCUGGCCCUGGUCCUCACAGUGACUGUGGAACUGACGUGAAACCUUCCAGCCAACACACACAAUGCACACAUACACAAUACACACACACACAUACACACACACACACACACACACACACACACACACACACACACACACACACACACACACACACACACACACGCACACACACGCACACACACACACACACACACACACACACACACACACACACACACACACACACACACACACACACACACACACACACACACACACACACACACACACACACACACACACAGAUACACACACACACACACACACACACACACACACACACACACACACACACACACACACACACACACACACACACACACACACACACACACACACACACACACACAAACAUAUCCCAAGCCCCUCCAACACACACCCACACCACACACACAGUCCUGCAAGCCUUUUCCAGUCAUCCAACAGGCCCUCCAUGCGUCAGUCUUUCAGGAACCAGUGCCACCACCCGAUGGCCCUCCACUCUGUUUUUGUAAUGAAAUAAUAACCAAGAUUAUAAUAUAAAGAAAACAGCAUAACGUACUGAACAUGAGAAUAACCACCUCCAGUAUACCCCUUCCCCACACCUUCUUUUUUGUUUAUUGUCCCACCUCUGCCUGUUGAUCAAUAAAAAUCAGUUGCUAAAAAAGGGGGAAAAAAGCAUUUGGGUUUGUUUUGAUAUGUUCAAACAUUGCAGGAGUUGACUGUGGAGAGAGACAUGAACCGACCGGUGUUGGCAGGCCCACCACAUUGACCCCACCCAAUUGUCCCAUUCACUGGGCUGUGCUGUACCCAAUCUUUAAACUACAGAUGAACAACUGGAAACUAAAUACUCAAUGAGAACAUUGUUUUUUAUUGCUAAUCGGUUGUUGUUUUUUUCCGGAUGGCUUGGAAUGUGCAAUAGGACUAAACGCAAAGAGAAAAUGGAUAAUCUUCUUUUUGAGUGUAUUUUGUGUACAUCCGCGUAAAUAUUGAAGAUAAUCAGAGGUUUUAUGGGUUCAGGUGAGGAAUGGUUGAUGAAGAGUUGUGAGGGUUUGCAGCAGCUCACAGCCUUUGUUUGUAUUUUCUCAUCCUUUCUUGCUGUUUCCAGAGAUAAUCCUAUAGGCUGUCAGGACAGAAUCGUCUUUAAAUGAGGAUAGAAAAAACAAUGCAAGUAGAGUAUCUUACAUUAUGUCCGCCGUUCGGGGUUGUGGUGCAUGUGACGUUUGACAAUUCUUUCUCCUUUUCGUGUGUUGCAGUGCUCAACAUCUCAUUGUCACUGGCCUGUAAUCCAGUUAUUUACUUGUUGCAUACUAUCUUAAGUGACCUGCGUUGUGUACAAUAUGUAACUCUUCCCCCUGACAUCUACUAGUAGGGUCAUGUUAUCCACCAUUCCAGGAAGAUGCUCACCCGACGCAGAGUGUAAACAGGGUUGUUGCAUUUGUUUCAUAUCACCUGUAUUAAAAUGGAGAGAUUAUCAAA